AUGUUAAAAAUAAACGGGAAAUAUUUUCUGCUCAACCUGCUGGUAGUAAUAAAGGAACACCAGCAUACGUUUGUUGAUAAAGAGAAUUUCUUACUGCCAUAGUUAUACUUACAAAUAUUUUAAACUGACCCUGAAAAAAUUUCUGGGGUAUACGCGAAAUUACUUGGAAAAAUUUUGAAUUUCAAAGGGUUGAUUUUUGAAAGUGCAUGGAUUUAAAGAGAAAAAUCAUUAAUUUUUGAGAAAAUUUUCCUGCAUUAGAUUCCGUCGAUAUUGAAAUUUAAUCAAAACUUAAAACAUUAAUUUAUUUAUUAAGUAGGUAAUUUAAUAUUCUUUAAGCGAAUCAUGAAAAUUUGUUCGUAACAUACAGCUACAAAUUACUUUAUUGGGAUGCGCUACUUAAAGAUGACAAAAAAAAUAUGUUUUUGAAAUAUGACUAAUUAUAUCCACACCCUUAGGCAAAUUGUUGUUAUUUCUAAAUCGGAAGUGAUUUUUAACCAAUGGGAGCAUUAAAAGACUCGGCACUAAUGAUAAGUAAUUAAUAUCUGAGGAUUGAAAUGAUAAUAAAGUAUCAGACAAUUCAUCCAUUAUUGUCUGUUUCGUUGAGCUGAAAACAGGAUUCAUAUCGAAGUCCAAAAAAGCUACUGUUCAUAAUCUAUUUCUCGAAAAAAUUAAGAAAUAAUGAUGAUUACAUUUUUACUGCUGAUAUUUACCCUAACGGAAGCUAGUAUUUUGAUACCAUUAAAUGAAACGAUUGAAGAAAAGUUUCCAAUUUACGAGUGCGCUGAUUACGGAAACGAAUGUUACCGCUCUCUUCGUAAUCCAUGUUGCAUAAAGGAUAAUGUAUGCAAAAGAAUGGGAUGGGGGGCAUUUAAUGAUGUUUAUAUGUGUGUUAAAUCAUCAAAAUUAAACGAAAACUGUCAAUACAAUUUGGAUUGUUUACAAGUUGACUACGCAGUGUGCGUUGAUGAAAAAUGUAAAUGUUUGCCAAAUUAUAUCGCCGUAGGCACGACUGCAUGUUUACCACUUUUAGACCAAUUUUGUGAAAGCGAUGGGCAUUGUAUGGCAGAUAAUUCAGUUUGCAUUGAUCACAAAUGUCAAUGCGAACCUUCAUUUAUUCCAGACUUUAAUUAUCAAUGUGUACCAACGCCUUUAGGAAAAAAUUGUGCAACAGAUUUUAAUUGCGAUCCAUUAGAUUUUUCAGAAUGCUCCACAGAUUAUAAAUGCGUUUGUAAAAAAAAUUAUGUUGUGUCAAAUAAUUCUAUAUGUGUAGCACUUUUGGGGGAAUUUUGUAGGAAAGAUGACGAUUGCGGAAUCCAUCAUUCUAUUUGCAUUGAUUCCAAGUGUCAAUGCAAGAAGAAUUACGUAUCCAAAUCUAACAAUGAAUGUGUGCUAACUCCAUUAGGGAAGUCUUGUGAAAAUAACGACGACUGUGCAGAUAUAAUUCAUACUAAAUGUUCAAAAGAUAAGAAAUGUGUUUGUAGAGAAAAACAUGUUGAAGUAAACGGAGUUACAUGUAAUCCACUUUUAGGUGAAUUUUGUUGGGGUAACGAACUGUGUGCAGCAAAUAAUUCCGUUUGUGCUGAUAAUGGAUGUCAAUGCAAAAAAAACUAUUUUCCUAUAUCCCAUAAUGAAUGUAGGAAAUCUUCCAUAGGACGACCUUGUAACGAUCACUCUGAUUGUAAUUCAAUACAUAAACAAACAAAAUGUUCAAAAGAUAACAAAUGUGUUUGCGAAAGUAAUUUUCUCGCAUUAGACGGAACAACUUGUUUGCAAGCUUUGGGCGAUUAUUGUUAUAGCGACAGUCAAUGCGGGCCUCAAUUGUCUGCUUGUAUAAAUAAUUUUUGUCUAUGUAAUUCUUACUUUAAACCUGAUUCGUAUAGGCAAUGCAGUGUACAUUAAUAAGAACAUAUGUUGAUUUCAAGUAAACUAUAGAAAAUGCUCAAGAACCGACGAUGCUAAAAUACGAUAGUGUAAAAAUAUUUUUUUAGACUUACAUUUUCAAGACAAAUUGUAAUUAUUUUUUUCUCGAACUGAUUUGAAAAAAUUACGAGGGAAUUUUAAUUUGUAAUUUCGAAUUCUUAAUUUUAAUUUCGAAAAUGUAUCAAGAAAAUGAAAUAAAUUGAAACUCAAUAAUUGUAUGGACUCCUUAAAGAAAAUAAAAAGUUUGUGGAGGUCAAAAAAAUAUAAAGAUUUUCGUAUUUCCAAUAUUUAUAUUUUUCCAAACUUUGAAAGUAAUGAUCAUAAAUACUUAUAAAUUUUAAGAAGUUUUUCUAUAAAAAAAUAACAUCUAAUAAUUUUCCUAAGAGCGAUUAUAAAAAUUAGUUAAAAAAAAGUGUGAGCGUGAGUAAUGAAAAUUUUUUUGUAA